AUGUCUAAAGCGCCGGGUGCGGUACGUAUCGUCGAGGUCGGACCCCGUGAUGGGCUGCAGAAUAUCAAGACGGUGAUUCCGACGGCGAAGAAGCUGGAGCUGAUUUCCCAGUUGAGACAGACGGGUCUCAAGACGAUUGAGAUCACGUCCGUGGUGUCCCCGAGGGCGAUCCCUCAAUUGGCGGACUGUCGGGCUGUGCUUGCUGAUGGCGUGAUCAAGGGAAUGGUACAGGACGACUCGCUUCGCGUGCCGGUGUUGGUUCCCAAUCUGAAGGGCUUGGAGGCCGCGCUGGAAAACGGCGUACGAGAGGUCGCUGUAUUUGUCAGUGCUACGGAGGGAUUCAGCAGAGCCAACAUCAACGCGACGGUUGAUGAAGGAUUGGCGAGGGCACGACACGUCACGGAGAGGGCGACUGCUGCUGGCGUGGCCGUUCGAGGGUACGUGAGUUGUAUAUUCGCGGAUCCCUUUGACGGGCCGACGCCCCAGACAAACGUCCUCAAGGUCGUGCGGGAACUGUUGGAUAUGGGCUGUUAUGAGGUCAGUUUGGGGGAUACGUUGGGUGUUGGCACGGCUGCUGAUGUGAAGAGUCUCCUUGAUCAUCUGCUCGAGCACGGCAUAUCUUCGUCACAGCUUGCAGGUCAUUUUCACGAUACGUAUGGCCAGGCCGUGGGGAACGUGUGGCAAGCCUAUCAAUGCGGUCUGCGCGUAUUUGACAGUAGUGUCGCUGGGCUGGGAGGCUGCCCUUUUGCACCUGGCGCGAAGGGAAAUGCUGCGACGGAAGAUCUGGUGUACUUGUUCGAGCAAGCUGGAUUGAAGACCGGGGUGAAUCUUUCCGAAUUGGUGGAGGUUGGGAACUGGAUUUCAGCCCAGCUGAAGAAACCGAACGAGAGUCGUGCCGGUGUUGCUUUGGCCGCGAAGCAGGCUCUGCUUCAAUCGACCGCGAAGGAUACAGCACGACUCCACGACCCCGCCAGCUCCGGACUCUCGUGGACAUUGGUCAGCGAGACAGAAAGUGUGAAGACUUAUCGGUCUGGCGUCAACCUCAAGGUGCUCCUCAAUCAACCAAAGAAAGGCAACGCCCUCACAGUCCCUAUGAUACAGGAACUCACCCAGCUGUUCUAUCGAGCGCGAGACGACCGCUCACUUUCACGCAUUGUCAUAUCGGCGGAAGGGAAAUUUUUCUGCGCUGGCAUGGACUUAGGCAAGGGGACCUCACCAGUUGCUCAGACGAAGGAAGUCAGUGACGCGCAAUACGAGCGGCUGACAAAGCUCUUCGAAGUAAUCGACAACGCGCCUCAAGUGACGGUGGCUGCGAUCAACGGGCCAGCAUUUGGUGGCGGAGUUGGGCUUGCAUUUGCUUGCGAUAUCAGAUUCGCGGUCAAGUCGGCGACGGUCACGUUGAGUGAGGCAAAGCUCGGACUGUGCCCCGCGACAAUAUCGAAAUACAUCAUCAGAGAAUGGGGUCUGGCAUUCACACGAGAGGCGAUGCUCUCUGCUCGCCCGAUAACAAUGACCGAGCUCCGGUCACUCGGGUUGGUUGCGAAGGUGGUGGAUGACCCUGCACAGCUGUCCGCAGAGUUAGAUCAAUAUCUCUCUCAGCUAAAGAUAGCAGGGCCAGAGGCGUCAAGCAUGUGCAAGCAACUCAUCAGGUUGGGGUGGGCACACGCUGGAAGUGAUGAGCAGGAGAAAGGCGUCAAGCAGCUGUUUGACAGGAUGAUGCGGUCAGAUGGCGAAGCUGCCAUCGGGUUGAAGGCGUUUCAAACCACGCGGAAGCCACUUGACUGGGACGAGAUAACGAUUUCUCGGACAGCGGCUGCUUCCAAGUCAAAGCUGUAA